AUGGGUGGGGAUAAUGUGUUGCUUGAGUUAAGAGCAAUGAUAGAGAGAAUUAAGAAGAGAUUGGAUGAUCAUAAUAAGAUUCUUGAGAAGAAACCUGAAGAAGGUGUAGUGGUACGAUUGACAAAACAGGAGGUAACCCUGAGAAAAAGAAAAGAGUUGGGAUGCUGGAAGAGGUCUGCUAUUCUUGGUCGUGUCUUUGCCUUGUCCAAGGAAGAAGCUAAAGCUUCUUCGAAGCUUAUUAGAGGUACUAUUUUUCUUGGUGAUACUAAGAUCCCUGCUUUAUUUGAUUCGGGUGCUACUUACUCUUUUAUUUCAAAUGAGUGUGUAGAAAAGUUAAAGUUGCUUGUGAUUGAAUUGCCUGUGUUGAUGAAUGUUUCUACAUUGGCUGGAGCUUCUGUGAAAACCAUCCGUGCAUAUUUGAAAUCUCUGAGGAUACUACCCCCCAUAGUGAAUCUUGAGAUACCCAUGUUUUUAUCUGCCAUGCAAAUUAAGAGGUCAGACUAUGAAGGGUGUCAGAUGUUUUUAGUAUUCUUUUCAGCCUUUGGAGAGUACGAUGGCACUCUUGACGAGAUUGGAGUUGUAAGUGAAUUUCUAAAAGUAUUUGCCGAUGAGAUGUCUAGCUUACCACUGGUAAGGGAGAUUGAAUUCUUUAUUAACCUAGUGCCAAGAACUGAACCCAUCUCUAGGGCUCCAUACUGGAUGGCUCCAUCGAAACUAGAAGAAUUGAAGAAACAAUUGGAGGAACUGCUAGAGAAAGGAUUCAUUAGGCUAAGUGUAUCCCCUUAG